UUUCCUACAGAGUCUUCACCCCCAGUUGAUGUGUCUGGUUUGGUAGCUGGCAUUGUGGCUAUUGUAAUAACAGCGAUUAUAGCCACUGUGUUGGGCAUUUAUUGCUACAAGAACAGGGGCAAAAAUUCAAGAGGGGGCAGCUUUCCUGUGCAUAUGGGUGUGGAUGGGCAGCCACUACCUGAAUCUGUGCCCUUGUCUAACAGGGCUCCAGGUCUCCCCUCAUACAAUGAGGCUCUGACCCACAGUGGCCAGCAUGAUGCACCUCCACCGCCGUACUCUGGGGGAAGUCCAUCUGAGCCACCUCAAACUCAAGAUGAGGAAUGACAAAGACAUGUUGUUGUUGUUGUUGUUGUUAUUUUUUUAAAGGGGAGGGGUGAUACAGGGUUUUACUAGUGAAAAAGUGUAGCUUCAGUCACUAAGUGGGUAAUUUAUUAUACUAAGGCUACAUGUUCUGCAGUACCCUAUUUUAUUCUUUAGAAUUAUUUUGCUACUAUCAUCAUGGAACAUAGUUUCAGUGUGAAUACUGUCAAUAUUUUCAUAAAUCAGGUUUGCUAUUU